CCAUCAAGUCCAAACCUUUGAGCCAAAACCAAAACAUCCUUUUGGCCACACUCUCCACAACACAAUUAUGCCAACCCAACCAGAUUCACCACCCAACAACAACACGUUGACCCAAAUGUUUCAGAACAUCUUCUCAGACAACAGUAACAUCAUGCUUGCAGCCAUCAUUUCCCUUCUCUUAGUAAUCCUCUUUGUCCUUCUUCUUCACCUCUACGCCAAGUGGUUCCUCGCUCAAGCACAGGCUCAGGCCAACGCCCGCCGCCGGAGGCGGCGCCGUCGCACGACGGUGACCGUCUCCGACGUCCUAGGCCCGGCAAGGUUCCACCACUUCCACAGCUUCACCAUAGAAGACAGUUCACCCCUCUCAACAAAAGGGUUAGAUUCUUCAACCAUUAGAACAAUUCCACUGUUCAUCUAUGAACACAACAACAACAACAACAAAAAGGUCGAAGAAGAAGAAGAAGAACUUGAAUGUGUGAUUUGUUUGAGUGCAUUUAAGAAUGGUGAAGUGGGAAGGUGUUUGCCAAAGUGUGGCCAUGGCUUCCAUGUGGAGUGCAUUGACAUGUGGUUGAGUUCACACUCCAAUUGUCCUAUUUGUAGAACCUCAAUUGUAGCAAGUAUUGUGGAAAAUAAUUCUAGUGAUGAUCAUCAUGGUGGAGAUCAUCAUGAUUUGGUUGAGAUUGUGACUGAAGGUGGUUCUGCUGCUCCAAGUUCUGAGACUAGAGAGGGUGAACAUGGGAAUAGUAAUAAUGGAAAUGGAGGAGCAAGAACAAGUGUUUCUGUUGUGUCAGAAAAUUCUUCUUCUGAGUUCUUUGGAUGCUCUUUGGAGAGAAUGCUUGGCAAGGUUUUCCCAAUAUCAAGUAAUGUUAAUUAAUUAAUGAAAUCACAUGCUUGAGAUGUAUAUGAUCAUCGAAGUAUCUAUUUUCUCUAUACAAUUAUAACCAUGAAAUGUGCAACAUCAACUAUAGUUCUGUGUACAGGUUUUCUCUGUUUGAUCCUUCUUCCCUCAAAUUAUUCUUGGCCUUUGAACUGUUAUAAGUUUCCUUUUCAUUUUGUUGUCUUGGAAUCUUUUAGA